CAUCGCCAUCAUCGUCGUUGCUGUCGUUGCUGUCGCCAUCGUUGUUGCUAUCGCUGGACUGCAGUUUGCCUGUCCAUGGAUCUCUUUUCAUCCUUCCACUCGGUCCUCCGCGGUGAUCGUGGCGCCCCGCAAACCGGCGCCGAAACCGUCGAGAAGCUAUGCGACCGGGUUGUCAAUUCGACGCUUCUCGAAGACCGCAGAGCGGCUGUGACCGCUUUAAAGUCCUGCGCCCGGGACUGGAAGCUCGACGUAGGCACCAAGGGCAUGGGCGCCCUUGUAAACGUCCUCAAGACAGACCGUAUGGAUGUGGCCAUCAUAAAAGUGACAAUUGAGACUCUCGAUCUGCUAUGCAGCAAGGAUCUGCCCCAGAAGGGAGCCAAAGUUAGCGACGACCUCGGCCUCAUGUUUACUGAGAUCUUUAUCAAGGAUCCCAAGAACGUGACAAUUAUUCUUGACAUACUAGAAGAAUACGAUUUUUAUGUCCGUCUUUAUGCCAUCCAGUUCUUGGCCACCCUUCUGGCCAACAUGCCCAACCAACUUCAGGAUUGUAUUCUCGCCAGUCCGGUUGGGGUGUCAAGGCUGAUGGACCUCCUUGAUGAUCGACGCGAGGUUAUACGCAACGAUGGCCUAUUGCUCUUGAUAUCCCUGACUCAAUCCAACGCCGAGAUUCAAAAGAUCGUGGCAUUUGAAAAUGCUUUUGAUCGCCUCCUCGUGAUCAUAAUCGAAGAAGACGGUAUCGAUGGAGGCAUUAUUGUCCAGGAUUGCCUCCAGUUGACCUUGAACCUACUUCGGUAUAAUGUCUCCAACCAGAACUUCUUCCGUGAGAGCAGUUGCAUCCAAAAAAUUCAGUAUCUCAUCAACGCCUUGGAUGCGAAGAAGGGACACGAAGCAGCCGUCCCGUCCAAGCCCUGGAGUGAUCAAAAAAUUGCCAACACUGCCCUUGUGAUGGAUCUCAUUCGAAUCCUCGUUGUCCCAAACAGUCCCAAUACUGCCAUAAACCAGAAUGUUAUGGGACAGGCACAUAUCAUCCACACGCUUAUCGACGUUGCGCUCAACAACGCCGUGCCUGCUAAAGUUCAGAUUCAGGCCCUUCGGGCGAUGGCCGAUUCGAUUCGUGGCAACCCAUCCAAUCAAGACGUCUUGUCGAAGAGCUUUGUUGUGGCUGAUAUGAGCGAGGAUAAUAAGCAGAAAGACGCAUCACCCAUGUCCGCCCUCUUCGCCCUCAUCACUAUCGCCACCUGUACAGCUGAAUCUUUUGUGAUUCGGGCUGCCGCUGCAUAUGCUCUUGAGUGCUACUUACACGAAAAUCAUGAUGCGCAAGUGACCUUGGUGUCGGCUCUCAAGACCUCGACAGUGGCUCAAAAUGGGCAGCAACUCGGCUCUCACCUGAUGUCCUCGUUCUUAGAAUUCGACCGAAAGGAUGUAUACAAGAGCUGGUUUGCGGGCACCAUAAUUAUUCACAUGCUUGAGGGAAAUGUGGAGGCUCGCAAAGAGGCGCUCAAUCUUCAACCAAGAAGCCUGGAUGAUGACGAUAGUUCGCUGCUCCACAAGUCUAUGUUUGCCCUUCUCUCAGCUCAUCGCGAAGGGGUCGACAUCCGAGUAAAACUGGGAUACCUUUGUCUUAUUGCGGUUUGGCUAUGUGAAUGCCCCGCAGCCGUUCAAAACUUUCUGACUGAAGGCGCUAACCUUCAGUUUCUCAUCGAGCAAGUCAGCCAGUCAUCCGGGGUUGAUCCAGUCGUUCAAGGACUAGCUGCCUAUAUCCUUGGGCUUUGUUACGAAUACAACGAUGACUCAGACGCCAAUAUGACCAGAUCAAGCUUGCAAUCGCUUGUCGUCAAUCGCAUAGGUGUCGAUAUAUAUAUGAGUCGCCUUGAGCGUUUGCGUUCGUCGAAUGCGUUCACUGCCGGCUUGACUAAUCUAGGAAGCAUAUCGGAUGAUGUUGAAGUUGAUGAAAACGGGCUUCCGGCCGUAUAUUUUGACUCCAGCUUUAUCCAGCUCCUCAAGGCAACACUGGACGACAUCUCAAAGUCCAUCACGAACCCAAAGUCUAAGAAGCCUCAGCGAAAGCUCCAACCAGUGUUGGAUGAUACAGCAGAAAAGUCAGUAAUCCAGUCUUACAAGGAUAUCAUUGCCAACCAAGAUCAAGAAAUCGGCAGCCUCAAGCAGAAGAUCCGGGAGCUUGAAGACCGUUUGCAAUUGGCUUUGCAAUCCCAUGCCAAUCAAGUCGACAGCCUCAACGGCUCUAUUACGAAGCUUCAGUCAAACAUAGACGCUAACUCAGCGAAAUUUGUGGAGCUUGAGAAGGAGCAGGAGGAUUUGUUGGUUUGCCUGGCCGAUCAAGAUAUUGUGCUCAAGCGCUACCGCCAAAAACUUCGACAAUAUGGCGAAGUAAUCGAGUCCGACGACGAUGCUGAUGCUUGAUUGCCUCCUGCAUCAGGAGUCUCUCCGCGAUAACAGCAAGCAUCUCACUUAAGUAGGCAGGCCGAAGCAUGUCUUGGCCAGUUUGGAUCAAAACAACAUGAAAGUCCCAAGCACAAGGUCGAGAGAUCACACCAUCGAAUUUGGUCGUGACAGAAACAACACGAUUCUUUCUUAUUCAAUCCAAACGCACACCUCCCGAUACGUUUGCCUCACCAAUGAUUAUUCGUAAGAGUUGUCGUGGAGGCACUCGAUAUUCGUGAUCCUUGUGGUUUAUAUGUCGGGCGCGUUCUGAAGUUUCAGAAGCCAGGAUCCUUCUGGAGACGAGAAAAGUUCAAUGAGCUGUUCCGGAGCGACGGACCCAUGAAUAUAGAUGCCAAAGGAGCGGGGGGCACUGAAGAGAAGUGUGGUUCACAAUAGACUGGAGAAACCGGAAAA